GGAGGGGAGGGGGGCCGUCAUUCGGUCUCGGAGACUCGGAGCUGCAGGAUCGAUCGGACUUUUCACCAUCGGAUUUUUGUCUUCCCGGGAAACAUCCACCUUUUACCGCGGGGACGUGGAGGCUCGGACGCUGCGGGAAGGAGCCCUUUUCCCGCUGAAGUGUUGGAAAGUUGCAGCAUCGAAGAGUCCAUGGAUGGAAUAGUCAUCGGGUACUGAUACUCGCAGUACUAGUACUAGUUAACUAGUAGUAGUACUAGUUGUAGUACUACCUCUACAUUCUGCACCUCCGGCCGCUCUUUGUGCGUAGCAAGGAGGCGGCGAUGGCGCUCGUGCUUGCGGGGAUUUACGUGCUCUUCUCGGCGCUGCGCGUCCAAGACGUCAGCGCUCAGAUGGUGCAGAUGGACUCGGGGAAGUCGGGCUUCGUGGGCUCUCAGGUGGAACUUCGCUGCAUCUUCAUCAACAGCAACCCGCCAGUGAAGAUCUCGCAGGUGACCUGGCAGAAGCUGCUGAAUGGAAGCAAGCAGAACGUGGCCAUCGCCAACCCCGCCCUGGGCGUGUCCGUCCUGCCGCCCUUCAAGGAGCGCGUCAGCUUCAAGCAAGCGGCGGUUCGUCACCGCACGCCGUCGCUGGAGGACACCACCAUCGUCUUCAACAACCUGCAGUUGUACGACGAGGCAACCUACAUCUGCGAGUACACCACCUUUCCUGCUGGCAACCGCGAGAACAUGGUCAACCUUACCGUCUUUGCUCGCCCCAUGACCCGCAUGACUCUGACUACGCCCACCAUCGUGGCCCGGCCCCAGCGCCGCAAGAUGACGGUGGCCAGCUGCGUGUCGGCCAACGGGAAGCCCCCCAGCGUCAUCAAGUGGGACACCCGGCUGAAGGGCGAGGCCACCUUCCAAGAGACCCGCAACCAGAACGGCACAGUGACGGUGCGCAGCAACUACGUGCUGUUGCCUGGCAGGGAGACGCACAAGCAGAAGCUGACGUGCAUCGUGACGUACCGGAAUGAGAGGUUCUCCGAUAGCGUGGUGCUCAACGUGCAGCACGAACCCCAGGUGAAGAUUGAAGGCUUUGACAGCAACUGGUAUCUAAACCGUCAGAACGUACAGCUCACCUGCCAGGCCGACGCCAACCCUCCUGUCACCGUCUACCAGUGGAAACUCUUGAACGGCUCUCUGCCGAGCAAUGUGGAGAUCAGGAACAACAGUUUGUUCUUCAAAGGCCCCGUGACCUACGACCUGGCCGGCACGUACGUGUGCCAUGCUACCAACGGCAUCGGCACGCGCACUAGCAUGGUGGACGUCAACAUCACAGAAUCCCCUAGAAAACCCGCGGGGGGCGACGAUGCGGCGCAGGAGCAGGACUACACGGGUGGGGCCAUCGUGGUGGUGGUGGGGGGCGACGAUGCGGCGCAGGAGCAGGACUACACAAAUGUGGCCAUCGGGGUGGCGGUGGGGGGCGUGGCCCUGUUGGCCGUGGCCGCCGUGGCGCUGUGGGUGUUGGUGCGUCGCCGCCAGCGCACCUUCAAGGGCAACUACAGCACCAAGAUGCAGGUGCUAGGCAACGGCAAGGCCCCGCCCCCUGGCGGCCUGCACUACCCCGAGGACGAGGAGGACGAGGAGGACAAGAAGCCCUCGCAGACGGCGGGUGACGAGGGCGAGGGGGAGGAGCUGAAGAGGCCCUACUUUACGGUGGACGAGGGCGGAGACUACGACCAGCGGACUCUGGCCUUCCAGUACGACCCCCGACAAGAAGUCAGCGACGACAUGAUCUCGCAGACCGACGGCUCCGUCAUCUCCAAGAAGGAGUGGUACGUGUAGGCUCCGCCCCCGGCCUCACGCGCCGCCGCCUCCUCGUCACCACCCGCACUGCACCCCUCCCCCACUCUCACCCCCCUCCCUCCCCCACCUUUGGACCCGUGUCACCCGACUGGACAAACUGAUGUCAGCACACGCGCACAACCACACACACACACACACACACACACACACACACAUGCUCUGUAUGACAUAUAAAACACACACACACACACACACACACAUGCUCUGUAUGACAUAUAAAACACACACAUACACUCACAUGCUCUGUGUGACAUAUAAAACAAACACACACACACACACACACAUGCUCUGUAUGACAUACAAAACACACACACACACAUACUCUGUAUGACAUAUAAAACACACACACACACACAUGCUCUGUAUGACAUAUAAAACACAAACAUACACAUGCUCUGUAUGACAUAAAACACACACACACAAGCUCUGUAUGACAUAUAAAACACACACACACAUGCUCUGUAUGAUAUAUAAAACACACACACACGCUCUGUAUGACAUAUAAAACACACACAUGCUCUGUAUGACUUAUAAAACACACACAUGUUCUGUAUGACAUAUAAAACACACACAUGCUCUGUAUGUCAUAUAAAACACACACACAUGCUCUGUAUGACAUAUAAAACACACACAUGCUCUGUAUGACAUAUAAAACACACACACACACACACACAUGCUCUGUAUGACAUAUAAAACACACACACACACACACACAUGCUCUGUAUGACAUAUAAAACACACACACACAUGCUCUGUAUGACAUAUAAAACACACACACACACAUGCUCUGUAUGACAUAUAAAACACACACACACACAUGCUCUGUAUGACAUAUAAAACACACACACAUACACACACAUGCUAUGUAUGACAUAUAAAACAGACACACACACAUGCUCUGUAUGACAUAUAAAACACACACACACACUUGCUCUGUACGACAUAUAAAACACACACACACAUGCUCUGGAUGACAUAUAAAACACACACACACACAUGCUCUGUAUGACAUAUAACACACACACACAAGCUCUGUAUGACAUAUAAAACACACACACACAUGCUCUGUAUGACAUAUAAAACACACACACACACUUGCUCUGUACGACAUAUAAAACACACACACACAUGCUCUGGAUGACAUAUAAAACACACACACACACAUGCUCUGUAUGACAUAUAAAAGACUGCCACUUGUGAAAAGUCCAACACUGAAUUUCUGUUUUGCCAAAUCAUUGCCAUGUUUUUUAUAAUCUUAUUUUUAAUGAUUUAGAUGUUUUGAUGAUUGAGAUGUUUUCAAAAUAAUAUUUUUGUAAUCAAACAUUUUGCAGAAAGGAGAAAAAACAAUGCAGACGCUGGAAUUGAUUUGUUUUUGUCUCUUUGUUUUGUUUUUGUACUUUGUUUGUUUUUAUUGAGUUAGGAUAUGUGACCUCCAAGUGAGAAUAAACAUGUGUUGUGACAUUUAGCAGGAAAAGGAAAAGGUCAAUGUUUGCUAAUUAUGUUUUUGUUUGUCAUGUUGUUGUUUUUUGUGUUUUCGUUUUCGUUUUUUUUGUUUUUGUUUUUUAAUUUUUGAUUUACUUUUUAUGUUUUUUUUAUGUUUUGAUGUUGUUUUGCUUUUUUAUGUUUGUUAUGUUUUUAUGUUUUUUAAUGUUUUAAUGAUUUUAAGUUUGUAUGUGUUUUUUUUCUUUUUUAUGUUUUUUAUGUUUUUAUUUUUUUUUCCUUUUUAUGUUUUUAUGUUAUUUUAUGUUUUUUUUUUUACGUUUUUAUGUUUUUUACGCUUGUAUGUUUUUUUUCAAGUUUGAAUGUUUUUUAUAUUUGAAUGUUUUUUUUAAUAUUUUUAUGUUUCACAGCGUCUGUUUGUUGGGGGGUGUGGGGUAGGGGUACGUGUUGUUGGCAUUAAUUCUCGCAAGCAAGACUGCAAAAGAAAAAAAGGGAAUUCAGACAUUUAGCCAAAUAUUUUGCCUGCUGCUUCUUUCCUUUAUUUUGAAACCAACGAUUGAUUUUUCUUUGUCUUUUUAUUCCUGAACGCAUAAUCCAAGUUAAAAAAGUGUUUUUUUGUCAAAUUGAAUAACACCUUCUUUCAUGCUUGGUGUUUACUGUAAACAAAGAUGGCGUCCAUCACCUGGCUGUUCCAGGAGAAGAGAGCAUCACGCGUCAACACAUCAAGCCUUAUCAGUGGGGGUGGGCAAUACUUGGAGUCAAUACCAAGUAAACACGGUAUCGCUGAUAUCCAUUCCAAGACUUUAUUGGAGAACUUUGUGAAAUUUGUCAAGAAAGAAAACGUUUCUUGAAGUAAAUACAACAAGCAGAAAGAAUGAAUGAAUGAAUCCUUGAUGAGACUCACACUUGUUGGAGGGAAAAGUCAACAAUGUAACAAUAAUAUCAACAUUACAACAACAACACAUGGAGGGGGAGAGGCUACGUGCGCCUCAGAGCGAGGAUGGUCACAUGUUCUCUGAGAGAAAAUUCAAGUACAUAAGAAAAAUUGCAGCAAAAGUAUCGAUUCCAUCCCACUCGUAUCGAUGUGAUACAAUAGCCACACCAGUAUCCAUGUUAAGGAUAUUUAUCGAUUCCAUCCCACUCGUAUCGAUGUGAUACAAUAGCCACACCAGUAUCCACAUUAGGGAUAUUUAUCGAUUCCAUCCCACUCGUAUCGAUGUGAUACAACAGCCACACCAGUAUCCAUAUUAGGGAUAUUUAUCGGCCGCAGGGUUUGUUUUGAAAACAAACUCUUCCUCUGCUUCUAAAGAAGAAAUUAUUGCACAAUAGAAAUGAUCAUCACAAAUAAAAAUGUGCAAAUACGAGGAAAAUUAGUCAAAGUAACGGAAACGUUUUUAUUCUUUUUAAAUCAUGUCGGCUUUUAAAUCACAAUUUGACAAAGUGUUUUUUUUUUUUUUCUACUUCUGUUGAAAGUCGGCUGAAAAGUUUGUUUUGAUGAAAGCAGUUUUUGUGUUUACAUGUUUUGGUGAAUUAUUGAGUGCCUAAACACUUUUGGAAGCACAAGUCAUUGACGCUAGCACAAUGAUGCCCCUAGUGGUCAGUCAGUGACGCUAGCACAAUGCUGCCCCUAGUGGUCGGUCAGUGACGCUAGCACAACGCUGCUAAAGGUCGGUCAGUGACGCUAUCACAAUGCUGCCCCUAGUGGUCAGUCAGUGACGCUAGCACAAUGCUGCCCCUAGUGGUCAGUCUUUGACGCUAGCACAAUGCUGCCCCUAGUGGUCAGUCAGUGACGCCAGCACAAUGCUGCCCCUAGUGGUCAGUCAGUGACGCUAGCACAAUGCUGCCCCUACUGGUCAGUCUUUGACGCUAGCACAAUGCUGCCCUUAGUGUUCAGUCAGUGACGCUAGCACAAUGCUGCCCCUAGUGGUCGGUCAGUGACGCUAACACAACGCUGCUAAAGGUCAGUCAGUGACGCUAACACAACACUGCUAGUGGUCAGUCAGUGACGCUAGCACAAUGAUGCCCCUAGUGGUCAGUCAGUGACGCUAGCACAACGCUGCCCCUAGUGAUUGGUCAGUGAUGCUAGUACAAUGCUGCCCCUAGUGGUCGGUCAGUGACCCUAGCACAACGCUGCCCCUAGUGGUCGGUCAGUGACGCUAGCACAACGCUGCUAGUGGUCGGUCAGUGACGCUAGCACAACGCUGCUAGUGGUCGGUCAGUGACACUAGCACAAUGCUGCUAGCGGUCAGUCAUUUGAUGCUAGCACAACGCUGCUAGUGGUCGGUCAAUGAUGCUAGCACAACGCUGCUAGUGGUCGGUCAGUGACGCUAGCACAACACUGCUAGUGGUCGGUCAGUGACGCUAGCACAAUGCUGCUAGUGGUCAGUCAGUGACGCUAGCACAACGCUGCUAGUGGUCAGUCAGUGAUGCUAGCACAACUGUGCUAGUGGUCAGUCAGUGAUGCUAGCACAGCACUGCUAGUGGUCAGUCAGUGACAGGUUUAACAACACUGCCCCUAGUGGUUGAAGCACAAAGCGACAGGUUUGCUGCUUGAUGUUUUUCCACUUUGAUCCAUUUCCAUCCAUCCAUUUUCUAACGCUUGUCUCUUUCGGUGUCGCGGGGGGUGCUGGAGCCUAUCCCAGCUGUAUUUGGGUGGAAGGCGGGGUACACCCUGGACUAGUGAUAAUAGUAAUGAUGAUAAUAAUAAUAAUAAUACAAAUGAUAAUAAUAAUACAAAUAGUAAUAAUAAUAAUAAAAAAUAUAAUCAUAAUAAACAUAACAAUAUAAUAAAAAUUAUAAUAUGAAUGAUUAUGACUUGACUUCAUCCUAAACCAGAUUUUGUAUUUUGUGUGACAUUGUGCUGUAAAAAGUGUACAUAGGUUGAGAGAAUACUCAAAGGUCAGCGUCCAGUGCAGUCUGACCACUAGGUGUCGCCUUCCUGGUGUGUCCAUGUUGUGUGAAUGUAUAUUUGUGUUAUAAAAUCAUUGUUGAAAUUGUGAUGACUCAGUGAAGUGACUUGUAUUUGUUUGACGCAUUAAAUUACUUAUUAAAUAAGGUCUUUGUGUCUUAGUGAUCACAAAUGUUGACUCAUUAGCUCGCAUUAAUUCUCAUUAUUAAAAUUGCACCCUGUCAUUAAAAUACAUGACAUUACUUCAAGUCUUCCAUUGUUGUUUGUGGUUUAUGUUUUCUACAAACCUCAAACCACCUGACGUCACUCUGCUCUCUGAUUGGUUGCCAGGUUGUCAACAGGAAGUGAAACAAAAAGGGGUUUGAUUGAUUUUG